UAUAGCAACUGCUAGCAAAGAUAGUGUGCUGUGGCGCUGGAAGGCAAUUCAGGGCGUGGUGUGUUAGACUCAUACCUGUGGAGGCGGGUCCGGGCGGGGCAGGGAGUAAGGGUGUUGCGAGCAAUCGACGUGUCAUUGCCUGAAGGUAGUGUUGUGUUGUGUCGUGUCGUGUCCGGAGAUCAGGGCAGAAGCGGGCGAGAGGGGCUGCGGAGGGAGAUGGCUCUAUCUCAGUUACAGUGUCUAGACAAUGAGCAUAUCAACUAUCGGGUCAACGUCACCAAGCCCGAGUUCUUCUACAGCGAGGCGCAGAGGUUGGCGGUGGAGGUGUUGGUGGCCGAAGGGAUCCAUGCUUUUCAUCAGACGGUAGCCAAGGAGAGCCUGAGGGAGUUCCUCUCCCACCUGGACAUCCAGCAGAUCCUGAGCUCGGUCAGGGACUUCCACGGAGAAGACCCACCGCCGGCUACCCGGGAGGUUGAGGACCAAGGAGGAGAUGAUGAGGUGGGACAAGGGGAACAGGAGAGUAAACCGCUCUCUCUGCACUACUGGCCCGAAUCCUCGGACGUUUCCCGACCCGGGUUGGACCUGGGUUGGCCGGACUGCGCUGCCUACCGAGGGGUGACCCGGGCCAACGUAUACACCCAACCCCCCUUGGAUGGCUCCAUGCACAUCAAGGAGAUGUUCCGUCGGAUGAUCAGCCAAGCGCAGAAGGUAAUCGCUGUCGCAAUGGACAUAUUUACUGACAUCGACAUCUUCAAAGACUUGCUGGAUGCAAGCUUCAGGAGAAAGAUUCCUGUCUACAUCAUUCACGACGAGGCUAACAUUGAAUACUUCAUGAAGAUGUGUGACGAUGCGCAAAUGCACAUGGGAAUGCUGAAAAAUCUGCGAGUCUAUACCAUCAACGGGACGGACUUCACCACCCGCUCUGCAAAAACAAUCGUGGGAAGACAGAUGCAGAAGUUCCUACUGGUCGAUGGAGACAGGGCGGCAUCUGGAUCUUAUAGCUUUACCUGGACCGCGUCUCGACUCGAUCGCAACAUCAUCACGGUGCUUUCUGGCCAAGCCGUGGAAAUAUUUGACAAUCAGUUCAGAGAGCUCUUGCACUUUUCUAAGCCGGUCAACUUGCAGCAACUGAACUUGGCCCCGGAGGAGGAGCCGCCGGAGCUCGUCCAACCCGUGGUCACCAUCACGGCAGAGCAGACGGCCGCGAUCGCCAAGAAGCUCAUCAACCCGAAAUACGCCCUGGUAAAGGCCAACAACAUGGGCUCUCUGUCCUCGGAGAAGAAAGCUGACUCAAAUGGCGCUGACAAGAAGGAAUUGGGAGCUCCUGCCAAAGCACAAAGAGCGGCAGAGGAAGGCCCUUACAUCCACCCAGCUCUGGUCAACAUGCCCAAGGUCAACAUGUUCCAUUAUCUGCCCACUUAUGUGGAACUCCCGCCGGAGGAGAAUCAGCAGCAGAAGGUCAAGGCGAGCAAACGCGUUUCUGGUCAACGCAACGCUGCCAAAGCGUGCAAGGCCAGCGCGGAUUCCUCUCAGCAAGCAGCGCGGCAAAAGAAGACGGCUUGUGAAAGCCCCGACCCGGCCCAGCCGGAAACUUCGACCGAGGGAAAAGAUCCAAAUCAAAAUCUCUCGCAGGAAGAAGGAGAGACCCAGGACGCAGAAAACGGAUGGGAGCUAGAGUUAACGUCGGAGGCUGAAAUGGAGGUGCCGGAGGUUAAGGAGAAACCAUCUGCAGCCUGGGGCAAAAAGAAGGUUACGAUGACAGAAGGUCCCAGUGGAAAUGUGAACCAUCCCGAAGAAGAAGAAGAAGAAGAAGAAGAAGAAGAAGGAGAUCAAACGAUAGUCACUGACACCAUGCAGGUAGAUCCUGAAGCAACGACGGAUGGACUAGAUGGUGAGGAGCUAGUAGAUGGUGUCUUAGAUGUCUCGGAUGGAGAGGAAAGCGACACAGAAGAGGCGCUUGCAAGUAACGAGGGUGAAAGCGAGGAUGUUAUUGAAUGCAUAGGAGUAGACCCCGAUCAGAAUGCUCUUCCAGGGGAGGAGAAUGAGGCGCGUCUAAAAGAUGAAUGCCCAUCCAACUCCUCCACAAAUGACACUCCCGACUGGAAUACAGACAGCAGCUCCCUCCGCGAGCAAUCCAUUGCUUCGUCUGAUUCUGAUGACUACUAUGACUGUGUCUACGCCACAGCCCAUAGAAAAAUGUCCAGCCCGGUGAUAAGCCAGGACAAUAAUCAAGCGGCCAUCCAGGAAGAGAACAACAUUUACGGCCAAGGCAUCUUUGGCAGGCCCUUGAAUGAUUUCAAAGAACAUUCUCACUCAAUGAAUGACAUGCAGGACUGUAAAAUAUCGGAACAUAAAAGUUUAGAAGCUUUCUUCAAUUACAAAGACAACACAAGGAGGAGGGCGCUUAAUAAACUAAAAGUCUCGUUGGAAAUAAAUUAUCUAGAUAAAUUCAAGAGAGAUAGAUACGCUCUGCCCACAGCGAGAUCAACAGGCAUGUGGGGGCCAAAUGCAAACAACUUGAGUUUACAGGCCCAUCGCAAAGCCCCAGUGAGUCCUGAUCUGGGCAGAAGGCAGACAUCCAUGCCCAUGGCCUCAAGUUUGUUAAACAAAAACUACCAAAAAGUCACGCCCCAUUUAUUGAUCCCACAAGGCUAUGAACAGAAGAGAUACGACAUCAAUGACACGGCGGCAAAGUUGGGCGCGGUCAACUCUGCCGUUCAGCGCAGGAAUCCCGCCGCUCAGCGCAGGAAUCCCUCCGCUGCAGACCCAUCUGUCAGUGGCACUAUGGGGUACUCGAUCUCCAAACUAGCAACAGCCAAGCUCAAGACGCCAGUGAACAGGAUGGCACUUGGUUCAGAGUCUUCCCAAAGGGCACUGACCGAGUGACCCCUUGAAGCAGGGGAACUGCUUGGACAACUCGUGGGAUCUGGUAACUUGCCCGCCAAUAUGAAAGCAAAGCUGCCUUGUGGUACAGGUCCGCACCCAUUUUCCAGCAACUGGUGGUCCAGCACCUCCUUGAAUCUGGACAAAGUUACGAGAGUGCACAUGAAACGACCACCCCACCCCCCUGCGUUCCCCCCUGAAAAUGUGGUGCCUAGGCCGAGUAAAGCGGACGAUCUCAACCUCAUUGGAAGUUUGCCCCCCCCCCCCCCCC